GAGACUGCGACGGUGACCUUUGGUGAAAAUGGAAGCGGCUCAAGAGCGUGUCAAAAAUGCUGUAACCAGCAUGAUUAGAGACUUAGAUAGGGAUUAUUUUAGGAAAAUGCAGGUAAAAAUGUACGAGGAUAGUGCAAAUUGCUGCCGUAAUGAAAGCUUAAGUAUGGAAGAUACGCAGCGUUGUAUUGAGAGGUGUACAGUUUCUGUUCAACAAGCUCAACACUUUAUGGAAUCAGAAUUAGCACAACUUCAAAACAGAUUACAAAGAUGUGCCAUGGAUUGUCAGGAUAAAGCCAGAGAUGAAAUAAGUAAAAAUUCGUCAUCAUCAGGAAGUCGGUACAAAUAUGAUGUUGAAGGAUGUAUGGUGAAAUGCGCAGAUUCUCAUUUAGAGUUAAUCCCAAAUAUCAAAAAAAGAGUUAAAGAAUUCGUAAAUCAGGGAUCUUCCUAG